CAUUGAUUUUUUUCGUAAUGGAUAAAAUUGUGAAAAUUAUUGCAUAACAAGUAAACUUUAAUAUGAAAGAUGAACAAAAUAAGUCUAAAUUUUUGAUACAGCGCUGUCCAAUAAAAAAGGGACACGUUGAAGUGAAAUCAAAUUUGCAAAAUCAUGCUGAUAAAAAACUGAACUCUAAUAUCCAGGAAAAAUUCAAAACAGAGUGCUAUAAAUAUUUGAAUACAACCAAAGUGCGCGUAUAACGGUAAAUGUAUUUGUGAGUGUUUAUAAACUAAGAGCCAAAUGGUAGCUGGUAAAUCGGCAAUGCUGUCGGUAAAAGUUAUCGGAAAAAGUUAAACCACAAUAAUGAUUAAAUAAUCCACACAUACAUACAUACAAUCACAUACAAGAAGGUGGUUGUGGUCGGCGUGCCGACUACAAGAAUCAACGGUACUAUAAUUUGAACUGAUCAAUUAACAGGUUAUUCCAUAAGCGAUCUUGCGACGGUGAGCACUUGCAUCGCGCUUGCUGCGUUGGCGUACACGCGAAAAACCGAAAUUAUUUAUGAAAAACAACAACAACAACAAAUAAAAGUGAAAAUGCACUACGGGCCGGGUUACGUGGUGUUGGCCAUAAUCAGCGCGGCGCAUAUUGUCAGCGGCGCGGUGAACACAGUUGAUACAGAUCACUUGCAGCCGCCACUUUGGACUGUGCAAUUUGAAUACGAACAGUUAAAUAUGACAAUGCGACAUGCGCAAAAAGUUUCGUUCGUUAUCACGGCCGUUGAACCGGCUUUGGGUAGUGAUUUCGAAUUUCGUAUGUUGAAUGAUAAUGGCGAUGUAGCGUAUAUAGACGAAGUGACGACGGUGUUAAGCAAUGCGAAAGGCGUUGCAAAGGUCAAAGGUAAUUUCACUUUGCAUGCGACGCUGUUGGGUUAUACGCACGUUUAUGUGGAGCUGCAACGCGCUGGCUAUGAAACGCAACGCUCAGCGGAGGUUUUGAGAGUUAUUGUGACACGUUCCUUGAAUUUGGCCGAUAUCAUAUUCAAUAUUUCGAUUGCCUGCUUUGUGAUGGUGAUUUAUGUGAACUUCGGCGCCGUUUUGGAUUUGGAGGAUCUGAAGCGCAUAGUUAUACGACCGGUUGGACCGGCGAUCGGCUUGUUUUGUCAGUUUUUGGUGAUGCCUGUGCUCAGCUUUGUCAUCGGCUACUUUCUCUUUCGCGAAAUGAUCGAAUUACGCUUGGGCUUGUUCUUUUUGGGCGUAUCGCCGGCGGGCGGUUCGUCGAAUAUAUUCGCGGUGCUGUUGAAUGGUAAUCUCAGCUUGUCCAUCACAAUGACCGCUAUUAGCAAUUUAGCGGCAUUCGGCAUGAUGCCGUUAUGGAUAUUUACAUUGGGCGCUUUGAUAUUUCGCGAUGGUAAUUUUGCGAUUCCCUAUAAAUCGAUAGCCUCGGUCUCUUGCACGUUGGUGGUGCCCAUCGCCAUCGGCAUUAUGCUGCAGAAGUAUGCACCGGAGGUGACUAAAAAGAUGUCCAAGCUGCUCAAACCCAUUUCGUUGGUGCUCAUAUUGGCGAUAACAAUUUUCGGCUGUGUGCUCAAUUCGUAUAUGUGGAAACUGUUCACCACGAAGAUCCUCAUCGGCAGCUGCAUUUUGCCAUGGUUGGGCUAUGUCAUUGGCUGGCUUAUAGCUACAGUUUUGCGUCAGCCACCUAAAGACGCCAUCACCAUUGCCAUUGAGACGGGCAUACAGAAUAUUGGCAUUGCGAUUUUCAUGUUGAACUUCACAUUGCCACAGCCGCAGGCCGAUAUGACGAGUGCAGUGCCAAUGGCCAAUUCUAUGUUGACACCACUGCCUCUGCUAUUAAUCUAUUUUCUGAAAUUGUGCUUUUGUCGCAAGCGUGAGAAAUCAGUGGAUGCCGAAGCAAACGCAAAGGAAGCCAAGGAAAGUGAGUUGGUCACUUUUAUGGAGAAUGGGAUGGAGAAAGCGAAUUCAAAGUAUCCUCAGUGAAUUGUGUCUGUCGUUUGUGAUGAAAUUAAAUUUUAGUUUAAUUCGUUGUUAUUGCCAUUGUCAUUAGCUUAUUGUAAAGUUUUAAAGUUGUUGCAUUUAUUUUUGAAAUGUAAGCACGACGAUGCCACAAAUUUAGAUUUUAAGUAAAAAAAUAAUAAUUUAUAAGAAAUGUAACGCAUUGUUAAUAUUUAUGUACUAUGGAAGUAUAUAAUUAUGAGAAAAAAGGAAGCGUCGGAGUUCGUCGAGCUGAGUCGAUGUAGCUAUCUCCGUCUCUGCUAGUUUUUAAAAUAUCGUUCUAAAAUUUUGUAUUCGUUUUUUUCUGCCCAAGAAGCAUCUCAUUUAUCGGAACAGCCGAUAUCGGACGACUAUAGCAUAUAACUGAACGAUCAAAGUCAAGUUCUUUUAAAGAAAAAUUUUUAUUUGGGGAGAUAUGUAUCUUCACGACGACGACAUGGAUUAUCGUUGUUGUUGUUGUAGCAGCAGAAUUAUGCCAAGUUGACAAUCCUUGGCCGGAUAAAAAUUGUCUAAUCAACGCUAUAAUCUGCGAACAAUUUUUUUAUAUAGAACCACUACAGCAUAUAGGUGCCAUGCAAACUGAACGAUCAAUGUUAACUUUUUUUAUAGACGAGAUAACUGCUUUUAUAGAUGAGAUAACUUCACCAAUUUCUGCAUGGAACCACUACAGCACAAAUAACACAACAAAAAUAACUCAAACUGAAC